CCUCCUGAUUAUGUCUAUCCAAAUUUUGAUUUGGCUUUUGAUUUUGUGGAGAGUCAUGUUGACUGGAAGUAUGUUGAGCGGUUAUUAUCUCAUAAAAUAAUCCCAGAUAUUCCACUGCAUUCGAAGUAUCCGACAGCAAGUGGAUGGAGACCACCGAAACCUGCAACUGGCUUACCAUAUUAUAUUGCCCGUCUCCGAAAUCAUAUGUUACCACUUUUUCUGGAAACUAGACGAGAUAAUCUUAACUUCCAGACAAUGGACUAUGAAGCUGUAGACCUCGUCGUUGUAAAAAGGAUUCACGGAGAUGUGUUUGCGUGUGAACAAGAUUUGAAAAAAUGGCUAGAAAAGCAAAUAAAACAUCCAGUCGCUACUAAUGUCGAUGAACUAAAAGGUGUGAUAAAAAUAAAAGGAGCUGAUCGAUCAUUGGUUGAAAAAUGUUUGUAUGAGUUUGGUUUCUGA